GAUGUGUGUGUGUGUGUUGUGUGUGUGUGUUGGAAUGAAGGAUGUGUGUGUGUGCGUUUUUGAAUGAAAGAUGUGUGUGUGUGGGUGUGUGUGUGUGUGUGUGUGUGUGUGUGUGUGUGUGUGUGUGUGUGUGUGUGUGUGUGUGUUGGAACGAAGGAUGUGUGUGUGUGCGUUUUUGAAUGAAGGAUGUGUGUGUGUGUGUGUGUUGGAAUGAAGGAUGUGUGUGUGUGUGUGUUAUGAAAUAAAGGGUGUGUGUGUUUGCGCGUGUGCGUGUACAUGUGUGUGUGUUUUUUCGAAUGAAGGACUUGUGUGUUGUGUGUGUGUGUGUUUGUGUGUGUUGGAAUGAAGGAUGUGUGUGUGUGCGUUUUUGAAUGAAAGAUGUGUGUGUGUGCGUGUGUGCGUGUGUGUGUGUGUGUGUGUGUGUGUGUUGGAAUGAAAGAUGUGUGUGUGUGUGUGCGUUUUGGAAUAAAGGAUGUGUGUGUGUGUGUGUGCGUGUACAUGUGUGUGUGUUUUUCGAAUGAAGGACUUGUGUGUGCGUAUGUUGUGUGUGUGUGCGUUUUUGAAUGAAGGAUGUGUGUGUGUGCGUGUGUGUGUGUGUGUUUGUUAGUGUGUGUGUGUGUUUGUGCGUCUGUGCGUGUGUGUGUCUGUGUGUGUGUGUGUGUGUGUGUUGGAAUGAAGGGUGUGUGUGUGCGUUUUUGAAUGAAGGAUGUGUGUGUGUGUGUGUGUGUAUGUGUGUGUGUGUGUGUGUGUGUGUGUGUGUGUGUGUGUGUGUGUGUGUUGGAUUGAAGGAUGUGUGGCUAAAUGCAGACCAACCAAUCACAGAGCUGCACAGAUUAAUACCAUGUUACACUGCGGUGGCCAUUUUGUUUGAUGGCCAUAGCAACGGUGGAGCACUCCCUCAGCUACCUGGACAUCAAAGGUAUCCAUAGCAACGAGGCCACCCAGGUGGUGGUGGAGUGCGAGCGCGGAGGAGGCUGGACUCUGUGGUGUGGUUCCGUGGAGGACGUGGACCAGGUGCUGGCUCACAUGGGAUGGUGUCUGCUGAGGAUCAGCCCCGCCCAGAAGCCCAUGAAGAAGAUGAGCGUCAAGCAUCCGGAACGAGCCGCCGCCCUGCAGGCCUUCUGGGACCAGCAAGGCCCGCCGGACCUGGGACCUUGUGGUGGUUUCUCUCAUCAGUACCGCUGUGUGUGUGAACACCUCCACCUGCCCUGCAGGGCCGAGGUCCAGUGGGAUGUGGACACUAUCUACCUGAGCCAAGACACCAGAGAACUCAACCUGCAGGACUUCAGUCACCUGGACAGCAGGGACCUGGUGGCCAUGGUUGGCGUCCUGGAGUUCAACCAGUGGUUCAGCAAGUUGACGGCCAAGGACUACAAACUGUCCCCAGAUGUGUGUGAGCAGAUCCUGCGAGUUGUGUCACGGUCCAGUCGCAUUGAGGAACUGCUUCUGGACAAUGUUGGACUCAGAAGUGACUUUGCUCAGAAGUUGUCGUUGGCUCUGUCCCAUAACCCCGCCUCCAGCCUGCACACUCUGCACCUCAGCAACAACACUCUGGAAGACAAAGGUGUGUGUGCGCUGAGUGUUCAGCUGACCAAACAUGCCAAUGGCUUGAAGUAUUUGAACCUCAGUAGGACCUCCUUGUCUCCUAAAGGUGUGAACUCCCUGUGCCAGGCGCUGUGUGAGAACCCCCACAUGGCCACCACCCUCACACACCUGGACCUGUCAGGAAACUCUCUCAGAGGAGAUGACCUGCAGCACCUGCACAACUUUCUGAGUCAUGACAACCACUUACACCUUCUGGACUUGUCCUGCACGGACUGCUCUCUGGAACAGAUGUCAGCGUGUCUCCUCCGAGGUUGUUUGAAGCAUCUCCAACUUCUCAACAUGUCCAAGACUGUCUUCUCUCACAGGAAAUGCAAAGAAGUUCCAGCAUCCUUCAAGCAGUUUUUCAGCAGUUCCCUGGCUCUGAGUUCCGUCAACAUGUCAGGAACCAGACUUCCUUCUGAGGCACUCAAGGCGCUGCUGCUGGGUCUGGGCUGCAACCCCAACCUCAGCGACGUGUCUCUGGACUUAAGCAGCUGUGAGUUGCGCUCGGCAGGCUCUCAGAUCCUGGAGGGUUGCAUAGCCGAGAUUCCCAACAUCUCCAGUCUGGACAUCUCGGACAACGGUCUGGACGGGGACCUGAGCACCCUGUUGGUCUGGCUGGCCAAAAACCGCUCCAUUCGCCACCUGUCCCUGGGAAGAAACUUCCACAACAUCAAGUCAAAGAACGUGGCGCCGGUCUUGGACAACCUGGUGCACAUGAUCCAGGAGGAGGAGUCACCUCUGACUUCGCUAUCGCUAGCAGACUCCAAGCUGAAGGGCGAGCUCGCCAUCGUCCUUAACGCCCUGGGCAGCAACGCCUCUCUCACCAAACUGGACAUCAGCGGGAACGCCAUGGGCGACAUGGGCGCCAAGAUGCUGGCCAAGGCCCUGCAGAUCAACACCAAGCUCAGAACCCUCAUCUGGGACCGAAACAACACCAGUCCUCAGGGUCUGCAGGAAGUGGCGUCCGCGUUGGAGAAGAACUUCACGAUCCGAUUCAUGCCGAUUCCUAUUGUUGACGCCGCUCAGGCGCUCAAGACCAACACAGAAAAGACGGAAGAUGCACUGAUGAAGAUGGAGCGCUUCCUGCUGAGGAACCACGAGACCCGGAAGUACCUCCAGGAGCAAGCAUACCGGCUGCAGCAGGGCAUCGUCACCAGUACCACACAGCAGAUGAUGGACACCAUGUGUGUGAAGGUUCAGGACCACCUGAACUCGCUGAUGUUCUCCCAGAGCCACGUAGUCCAGGAUGAUGUGCAGAUGGCAGAGAAUCUGAUGAGAGACGCCAGGAACUCCAAGACCCUCCUUCCUACCCUCUACCACUUGAGGGGCGGCGACCUGCACAGCACCGUCCAAGACAAACUGGAGUCUCUGGCAGGGGACCUGUCGGCUGCGAUGGAUGAUGAACUGCAGACAAUUUUGGCGUCCAUGUUGGACGCCGCCGAGGGUCUGUGUCCUCACGUGAUUAAGAGGAGCGGCCUUCGUUCGGAGCUGGUGAAGGCAGGGACCGAAAUAAUGAGGGUGCCUCGCAGCUUCAUCACCGCCACGCUGCUGGAGCAAUCGGGCGUCGACAUUGUUAACAAGAUCAGUGAGGUGAAACUCAAUGUGGCGUCCUUGGUCUCCGAUCGGAUCGUGGAGGAGAUCCUGGACUCUUUGUCUGCGUGGCAGAACACGCUGGCGGACCAUGUGACCAGGAAAGGCCAGCCUGCACUGCGUCCGGAGUCUCAGGAGACGGAGGUUUUGGACGAGACAGUUCUGCGUCCGGAGAGCCUGGAGGAGGAAGGCGAGCACCCGCUGGAGCACGGAGACGCUUGCACGUUGACCAUCAAGUCCAAGAGAAAGAGUGUUCUGGUCCGAAUGCUGCGGCCCGUCUCCUUGGCGUUUGAGAUGGAGUUUGACCUGGACAAAGCUCUGGAGGAGGUUCCCAUCCAUGUGGUGGACACACCUCCCUCGCAGUUGAAUAAAGUGACUCCGCCGCUUCCGGUCCUUACUUGGGAGGAACUGCCGCCACCGGUCCCCACUUCGGAGGAAGCGCCUCCCCCGGUCCCUACUUCGGAGGAACUGCCGCCACCGGUCCCCACUUCGGAGGAACCGCCGCCACCGGUCCCCACUUCGGAGGAACUGCCGCCACCGGUCCCCACUUCGGAGGAACUGCCGCCACCGGCCCCCACUUCGGAGGAACUGCCGCCACCGGUCCCCACUUCGGAGGAACUGCCGCCACCGGCCCCUACUUGGGAGGACCUUCUGUCCCCAAGGCACACCCCGCUGGAGCACCACACCAAAGUGAGACCACGACCCAAGAAAAGAAGCAAACCCAGCAGAGUCGGGUGUGCCGCCACCGGCUCAGCGCCUCAGGGGGCGGAGCAUCAGGACAUGGGGGAGCUGGACGAGGGCAUAGAUGAGUUCUUCUCCAAGAAGGUCAUGAAAGUCAGCUUGAAACAUUCCAGCGCCGGGGCGACACCUUCCAGCACGCAGAAGGCGGCUGAAAAGAAGGCAGAAUCCAGGAAGAGUGUUUUUUUCAACCUGAUCAAAACUCGGCCGGGUCGCUCGGAGAAGGGCCAAAGUACCGCCUCCAUCAGUCCGCCACCACCAGCGUCCCCCACACUUGCUCCGCCCACAUCAUUGGUCAGCAGGGAGCCGCCACCCACGUCCCCUGUGGCGCCACACCCGGACCCACGUCCGACGGUCCACAGCAGUUUUGAGGCGGACGCCUCGCCGGCCGUGGGGGAGGAGUCAGAGGUCAGCGUGGCGACGGGGCGCCCCCUGGUCUCGCAGCAUGUUGGCGUUCCUGUCCUGACCUCGGAGCUUCUGGCUGAGAUGAAGGCCAAGCAGGACAAGAUGGCGGCUGAGAAGUCGUCCGCAAAGGAAAAUGGCCGCUCGGGCGCGGUCCGGCCAGGACCGAUGGCCGCCCCUCGGUCUAACCUCCCCGCCCCCCCUCAGCUCCACACACAGGAGCCAAUGGAGGAAGAGGAGGAGGAGCAGGAAGUGUGUCACACUGACUUCCUGUCUGAAACUCUCAAAGCUCCACUUCCUGUUCCUCGCCUGAAGACAACGCCGUCUGGACCGCAACACCCGAACCAAGAUGGAGGUGAUGGACCUGCUUCAUGUCCGGUGCUGCAUCCUUCUGAGGAGGCGGGGCCAACGAUGUCUGACAGCCAAUCAGAGGAGCCUCCAGUCUCCUGACUCCUAUUUCCUGUCACGAUACUGCCUUUGAUCUUUUAUACAUUUAUAUUAGUCCUUGUCACUUAUGUGUAACUUUCAUUUUUUGUAUCCACUCACAAAUAAACUCCAAUAAAAAGGAUAAAAGCUCUGGUUUCCAUGA